CCAAGCCAACCAACAGACAGGGUAAAUACUGUCAACACUCAGUUACCCUUAAAGACAGGUUUAACAACAACUCUGAAACUGGAAUCAUAACGCUGAAGCAAGUCAGUGCGAUUAAGCGACGGGGCGGCCCUCGUGGCCGGGAUGCCACUGUGUGCCGUGCCAGUCCACAGUGGACGGUGAGGGGCAGGAGGAAGGGACCGAGUGCAGGAGACUGAGAGGAGGCGGCCCACACCAAACAGGAGACAUGAACCUCUGCUGGAACGAGAUCAAACGCAAGUCCCACAACAUCCGGGUGCGGUUGGAGGCCUUCUCUGAUAACAGCGGGAAGCUGCAGCUUUCUCUGCAGGAAAUCAUAGAAUGGCUGACAGCCAAAGACGAGGAGCUGUCUGAGCAGCUACCCAUUGGAGGCGACGUGGGGGCUGUCCAGCACCAGAGGGAGUUCCACCAGGCAUUCAUGGAGGAUGUCAAGUCUCGCGGGCCGUUUAUCUACUCAGUCUUGGAGUCUGCCCAGGCCUUUCUGGCUCAGCACCCCUUCCAGGAGCCAGAGGAGACCCUGACCGAUGGAAAAGAAGUGUCUCCACGUCGGCGGAUCUUGAAUGUGAGCCGCUCGGUAUGGAAGCAAGCGAACGUGGCCAGUGAUCUGUGGGAGAAGCUGACUGCACGCUGUGUGGACCGGCACAGACACAUGGAGAGGACAUUAGAGCGUCUACUCCAGAUCCAAGCAGCAAUGGAAGAGCUGGCAGUGGCCUUGGAGCAGGCAGAAGGGGUCAGGGACGCCUGGGAGCCUGUCGGAGACCUCUUCAUCGACUCUCUGCAGGACCACAUAGACGCCACCAAGUUAUUUAAGGAGGAGCUGACGCAGGUGAAGGAGGGCAUGAAGCAUAUCAAUGACCUGGCCCACCAGCUGGCUAUCUCCGACGUCCAUUUGUCGAUGGAGAAUGCUCGUGCCCUCGAGCAUCUUAACAGCAGAUGGAAAGUGCUUCAGGGUUCAAUAGAAGAGCGGCUGAAGCAGCUCCAGGACGCACACCGAGACUUCGGACCUGGAUCGCAACACUUCCUUUCCAGUUCAGUGCAGAUACCAUGGGAGCGCGCCAUCUCCCCGAACAAAGUGCCCUACUACAUAAACCACCAGGCCCAGACGACAUGCUGGGACCAUCCAAAGAUGACAGAGCUAUACCAAGCACUGGCGGAUCUGAACAACAUCAAGUUCUCCGCAUACAGAACAGCUAUGAAACUGCGGCGGGUUCAGAAGGUGCUGAGAUUGGAUUUAGUAGCUCUGAGCAGCCUCGUGGAGGUGUUUCGGGAGCAGGAACUCCAGCAGGGGGAGCAUGUGAUGGAUGUGGUGGAGGUGAUCCAUGGCCUGACAGCUCUGUACGAGCGGCUGGAGGAGGAGCGCUCCAUCCUGGUCAACAUCCCGCUUUGUGUUGACAUGUGCCUCAACUGGCUGCUAAAUGUCUAUGACAGUGCUCGAAAUGGCAAAAUGCGUGUUCUGAGCUUCAAGAUGGGCUUGGUGAGCUUGUGCAAUGCAGACGUCCAAGAGAAGUACAAAUACUUGUUCCGUCAGGUGUCUGGUACUGGAGGUGUCACAGAUCAGCGUCACCUCAGUUUGUUGCUUCAUGAAGCCAUCCAAAUCCCACGACAGCUGGGCGAGGUUGCUGCUUUUGGCGGCAGCAAUGUGGAGCCCAGUGUCCGCAGCUGCUUUCGCAUGGCCCCCGGGAAACCUGCCAUUGAAGUGUCUCACUUUCUGGAGUGGAUGAGCCUGGAGCCCCAGUCGAUGGUUUGGCUGCCUGUCCUCCACCGUGUGGCUGCUGCAGAGUCUACGAAGCACCAAGCCAAAUGCUACGUCUGCAAACAGUGUCCCAUCAAGGGCUUCAGGUAUCGCAGUCUGAAGCAGUUCAAUGUGGACAUCUGCCAGACAUGUUUUCUAACCGGCCGCACUACCAAGGGAAAGAAGUUGCACUACCCUAUCAUGGAGUACUACACCCCGACAACCUCCGGAGAGAAGAUGAGGGACUUUGCCAAGACUCUGAAGAAUAAGUUCAGGUCGAAGCAGUACUUCACCAAACACCCUCAGAGAGGUUACCUACCAGUGCAAUCUGUGCUGGAAGCUGAGACCUCUGAGACGCCGUGCUCCUCACCCAAGCUUCCCCAUGCAGAUACUCACAGCAGGAUUGAACAUUAUGCCAGCAGAUUGGCAGAAAUGGAGAGCCAGAAUUGUUCAUUCUUCACAGAUAGCCUGUCUCCUGAUGAAAGUCUGGAUGAAGAUCAGUACCUCCUGCGUCACUCCAGCCCAGCCUUGGACCAGGACUCACCCUGCGGACAACACCUGCUUCUGGCUCAGCUCGAACACCAGGACAAGGAGCAGCUCCAACGCACCCUGGCCCGCCUGGAGAAUGAGAACAGGGUGCUGCAGGGGGAGUACAGACGUCUCAAAUGGAAGCAUGAAGAGGCAGCGUCUGUUCCUAUGCUGACUGAAGCCGGAGAGGGCGAUCCAGGUUCACCCACAGCAGGCAGCCAGCAGGACGAGGAGCUCCUGGCCGAGGCGCGCGUCCUCCGUCAACACAAGACCCGCCUGGAGACCCGUAUGCAGAUCCUGGAGGACCACAACAAACAGCUGGAGUCCCAGCUGCGCAGGCUCAGGGAGCUACUGCUACAGCCCAAAGAUGAUUCAGAGGCCAACGGAUCAGAACCAUCAACCCUGUCUUCUCCCGUGUCUGGAGGGGGUCACCACGGGGAGCCGGCCAGCAGAGAGACCACUGACACUGAAGCAGCAGGAGAUGAUGUGGAACAUGAGCAGGACACGGUGCUGCAGCUUCAGGAGGUCAUCGAACAACUGAGAAACGUCUUCCCUUCAGAGCCGGGGACCACCUCACACAUUUAACCCCACAUGGACCUGGAAGAGCAGAGUGAGAGCCUGAAUGGACGCCGAUGGCUGAGGAGGAGGAGGAAGGGGAGGGGGGGGGUUCCAUACGGCUGAGGUCAGGCCACAGAUCACCGGGCCUCAUGACUGCAACAGCUAAGAUACCCAGAGCUAACCCUCUACCGGAACUUUGUGCACUAAAAGCCUUUUUCAUGCAAACUGCUAAAGGCUCAGGCUGAUGUCCGUUUGGCCAGACUGCGCUUGAUAACUUCAGAAGUGCAGCCUGACACUAUGUUAACGAGCCAAAGGAAACUAACUUUAGCAGCAGAUCAGGGAAAGACUAAUGUAAAGGAAAAUGCUCAGCCAAGACACUGUGCUUACCAGUAUCUGUGUAGUUGUUCAGAGGUGUGAAGCUUUAUAUCAAUCCACAGCACAAAUUGGACUAACCAUGAAAAGAAACAAAAAGAAAAUGCAAACAAGCAUAAGAAGGAUACCCUCUGUUGUGUCAGAAUGCCUGUAUUUUCAGUGUUCAUUUUUGUAUGUCAUCCCCGAUGUUGUUAUUGUUUUUUGAUGGGAGGUAGCACGGUAAAGCUCGCUAGUGUAAACUAGAUCAGGGCUGGGCUGACUGCGCUUCAUGUGGCUGCGUGGUGCAGAUUGUCAGGGAGUUGACAGCACCCACAACGAGCUUAUUUACUUUGUGAGAGUGACACAUCAUCAGUUAAAUCCAUGAUUUAUUCAAGACAGCCAAAGUGCCCGCUAGCACAGCGCCUCUGUAUGCACAUACUGUAUUCCUCUAAUCCCUUCAAACUGCUUGUCGCUCUCAUUGCUCGCCUCCCCUAAGUGAGCCCUUUACGCUCAUUCACAGCCACUCAUAUUAACUCCACGUGCAUACAGUUUUGCUGCUACAUGCAUACAUCCACAUGUGUUCAGUGUGUUCCUUCCCCUAUCCUCAUAAUGCAUUAUACACCAAAACACAAAUACUUCCUGCAUGAUCAAUAACAAGCUCUGCUGCAUCCCCUAAAUUAUAAACAGCUACCAGAGCCAUAAAAAUGGAGAUCUGUUUCAUCUCUUGGGUUCCCAGAAUCGAGUCAAGCUCCAAGUUGUGAGGCAGUGUGUUUUGUGGAAGAAAGUUUUUUAGAGGAAAUGUCUGUUGAUAAAUACAUCAGCAUGCAACAGUCCACUUGAGGAUUUUUGUGUUCUCCUGCUGUGUGCAGUGAGAGUGAAGGAAGGAGCUUCAGGCAAUAGUGCUGCCAGGCUGAACCUCUCUCCCUCACUACCAGGCCAAUUGCAGACACUACAGGGGGGGGACAAGAAGUGCCACCAUAAUACGAUCCUACACUGACUUCAUCCUUAAUAAUCCCUCCACUCCAUGUAGAUUUGAAAAGAACAGUAGCCUUUCUGCCUGAAAACAUUACUGACUCUACAUGCCUCCUUUUCAGUCACUAAUGCACACUUAAUUGCUUUCAGAUUUACAAAAAGAUGAGUGGUUAAGAUGGCUUUGCCUUCGUCAUAUCAGGGUCAUAGGGUGCUUUCUGUUCUAAACUUAGCACAGUCAAUGAAUGCCUUAAAACCAAACUGAAUCCACAUUAUCAAGAGGAGUUUUUCUGACACACACAAAGGACCUUUUGGUGUUUUUACAUUCAGGGAAACAGGCGGCGUCAGGCUUGUGUCUUUGUCUAUCAGCUUCUUUCAGACCCUGGAUAGUCUUGUGGCUCAUUUUGAAGACAGAGUAACUGGAAUAAUGGGAAGUGGAGAACACAGAGCGUGAGCUUCCAUACAAUGAAACCAGUCUAGGAGUGCGUUUAUGAGUGAGGCUAUGAUGCUGGGAUUGCUUCGAGGGACUAGGCAUCUGAGAAAUGAGAGGAAAGGUGCAAAGAAAAUUCAGUUUAUUGCUUGAGGGUUGGUGGGAGAGAUCUACUUUGAUGUGCCUGCAACAACAAAAUCCCAGAAAGUGGACAAGAGGCUGUCUGAAACAAGCCAACUGUGGCUCUGUGUGAAUCUCAGCAAUCAAACCGCCUCAUUUUUACAGAAAACACAGAAAUACAUGUUUAGGAAUUCCUCUUAAACCUUACAAGUACACUCUGACCUCUCAUAUAUGAGUUUGAAACCCAAGUGCUGCAUUCAUUAUGGGCUCCUGCUCCAGGCGCUUAACGCUCACAUUUGACAUUAUUCUCCUAGUUUUGAUACUGUUGCUAGGGAACUGUCCCCAAGGACGCAGUUCCACAGGUUUGUAAGUUGGAAAGGUGAUGUGCCGUUCAUAAUACAAAUGCUAAUAGCCUUAAGGGAAGCAAGAGAGCGCCUUGUUUCCAAAACACAUCUCUCCUCUUUCUCAUUCCAUUCCCACCGAAGCGCUGUAGUUAUUGAACGUAGUCAUCAACAUCUGAGAAUUCUACAGCAGCGUAGGUUAAGAAGCAGCAUUUCACAUUGCAGCACAGUAAUAACAUGGUAAUAAGGAGGUAAAAGUUUGAUAGUAAAAAGGUAAUAGCAUCAUGUCAGCUAUGUAAUUACCAUAAUAUUUUGGAAACCUGCCAAUGAUAAUAUUUCAUAAAGCUGAAAUUCAUCUCCCCUUGUUUUCCAGUAGUAUAAUCAUUUUGAGUGCCAUGAAUUUUCACAUGAUUUUAAAGGUGCAGCCUCUAAUAUUCAAAGCUCAUAUCAGGACACUAAUGUCAUCAUAUUACCAUUUUUAAGAAAAAAUAUUCCUCUGAUAACAGGUUUAUUAUUUACAGACUGCCAUAUUGUCACCAAAAUAUUACUAAACUUUAAAUAGUAAUGUUUCUCCUCUUAUUAACCUUUGUUUUUGGCCCCUGAUUAUCCUUAAUUCAAUAUUAAACCGACACAGCUGGUGUAAAUACUAUGCUAUACCCUGAUUAUUACAGCUUUAUUAUGACCAUCUUAGCCCACCUGUUUUAGGUGCUUACAAAUCCAAACAAGUAGCAGCUCAACUUGGAAAAAAAAAAAGAAAAAGAGAAGAAAAACAAUGUUUUUUCAUUGUCAUUUAUUUAUUGGUACUCACAGAUCUUAUUAUACAUUAAUGAUCACCCAGCGCCCUCACACUUGUAACUCUAUUCUCUUCUGUGUUAGUCCUUUGUGGAUACAUAAAGCGAUAUAACAGUGACAGUGUGUGAAAAAGAGAAGGAGGCAUUCCCCAUUGGGCUGCAUGUCAACAUUCAUUAUGUUUAUUUUUAGACAAUAAAGGGAGUAGAUGAGAGGCAGAAUGAAAUAAAUACACUAGGUGGGAUUAUGACAGCGUUAAAUUACCAUACACAGCUUGUCCUCACAUUCCACUCGGCCGAUGUUUGACAGGAGCGUCUAAAUUGCUUUUGAUGGUCACCCGGCUGCAGCAGAGUCUUAUCUCUCUCUGACUGUGUGAUCAUCUGAGGUCUGAUCAAUGUACAAUUUUCUGUACAGGCGGGGCAGCACAGCCAGCGGCCUCCGGCAAACCGCUCUCACAGACACACAGUAACAACACAAACCCUGCUCCCUGUAGCAUGACUGAAGCUGUGAUUGAAGAAAGGCUUUCCAUAGAGACAGGACCCCCCCCCCCCCCAAGAGGAUGCUGCAACAAGGCUACAUAUCGACCUCUGUUGCAGCAUGUGGUCGGGCCGACAUGCUAACGAGUCCCAUCAUUACUCUCCUGCCUUUGCGUCAGGCCCUCUGUGUUUGCUAUCAUGCUUGCAACAAGGACACAUGCGCCUAUAUGUCACCUUGUACACGACAGAACAAUGAAUCACCUAACCUCAAACAUCCUACCUUAAAACAUGUAUACACACACUUAUACAUUACUGGGUUUAAAAUCACCAUUAAUAUACCUCAUUAACAACUCAAAUGUUUCUGUUUUAAUCAUUUUGAUUUCAUGUUUCUGUCCACUCAGUCUGCACUUAAAACACUACUCGGUGUCUGAAGUUUUUAAUCUGUAAAAAAA